AUGGCUUUCCUGGUGGCUGGGACCCUGCAGGUGGCCUCACAGAUCGCAGAUGCUCGAGAGAGCCUGGGAAGAAAGGGGAAGUACAGCAUGCGGGGCCCAAGGGUGGCCCUGACCCUCAGCAGCCCUGAGGUGUCAGCCUCUAUAGUCACUGUCCUGGAGGGCGUGUUCCGGACCCUGGGCUUUGAGAGCUGCCAGAGGAGGGAGGCCUCUGUCCAGGGCUUCCUUGGGGAGCUGGCCGCUUUCCGGGAGCAGCUGGAUGCCCUCGGGGGCCCUGUGGGCUGUGCCUUAGUGGCCUUGGUGGCCCCCAGUGGGCAGCUGAAGCAGCCCCAGCAGCUGGUCCGGGAGCUGAGCCGCUGUGGGGCCCUCUGGGGCCGCCCCAAAGUUUUCCUUCUGCUCUCAAGUGCUCCUGGGGCUGCCCCCGAGCCCGGAGCCUUCCUCACUGGCUUGAGCGAGCUGUGUGGCCGCUUUCCUCACUGGUCUCUGCUGCAGCUGCUGACAGAGGUCGGGGGCCCAGGCGUUCUCUGGCCUCACCCCCGCCCCCAGGUCUUCUGCAGGACAGCUGAAGAGUCCGAGGCCACCUACUGUCCAGUCCUUCGGAGCUCCUUGCGGGGCGCACUGUGCCUGGGCGACGUGGAGCCCCGGGGGCCCGAGCCAGAACCCAGCCCCGCUGCUCGGUAUGACCUGUCCGGGACCAGGGCCGCCCUCCUCCUGUCCGUGAUCCACGGCCGGCCCGGGGCCCAGCACGAUGUGGAGGCGCUGGGGACCCUGUGCCAGGCCCUGAGCUUCAAGACCACGCUAAGGACAGACCCCACGGCCCAGGCUUUCCAGGAGGAGCUGGCCCAGUUCCGGGAGUGCCUAGAUGCCCACAGGACCCCAGUGAGCUGUGCCCUUGUGGCCCUGAUGGCCCACGGGGGGCCACAGGGACAGCUGCUGGGGGCCGACGGGCGGGAGGUAUGGCCAGAGGCCCUGGUGCAGGAGCUGAGCCGCUGCAGGGCCCUGUGCGGCUGCCCCAAGAUCUUUCUGCUUCAGGCUUGCCGUGGGGGGCAUAGGGACGCCGGUGUGGGGCCCGCAGGUCUCCCUUGGUUCCGGCGCUGGCUGCGGGCAUCACCCACCACCCCCUCGCAUGCCGAUGUCCUCCAGAUCUAUGCUGAUGCCCAAGGCAGCUCUCCCUUCCCCACUGCAGGGAGCUCUGACCAAGCAGACAUCCUGACGGUCUAUGCGGCUGCCGAGGGCUGUGUAGCCUAUCGGGAUGAGACAGGCUCAGACUUUAUCCAGACGCUGGUGGAGGUCUUCAGAGCUGACCCUGGGAGAGAAGUUCUGGAGCUGCUGACUGAGGUCAACCGGCGGGUGUGUCAGCUGGAGGUGCUGGGUCCCGACUGCCCGGAGCGCCGCAAGGCCAGCCUGGAGAUCCGCAGCUCGCUGAGGCGCCGGCUCUGCCUGCAGGCCUGA